AUGCUCUUCUUACCGAUUGCCACUCUUUUGACUUUGGCGUCAGCCAGCGCUAUUAUCCCAAGAUACAGAAAUGGGACCAACAUCAAUCCAAGAUACCAAAACGGGACCACCACCCUCAUUCCAAGAUACCAAAAUGGGACCAGAAGCCACGCCACUCCCGAACACAAAGAUGGGACCGAUGAGCUAGCUACCUUCGACGACAUCAAAGCUCUCCCUGCAUUGUCCGAGCUCAGCCCCAUUGGCGUCUACAAAGGUCUGGAAUAUCGUUCUUUCGAUACUCUGGUCGCAGGACUUCUAGGCCAAGUCCCCACCGGCGUGCUCCCCAAAUCUGGCAACCAAGUCGCCGUGAACGGUCUCACUGACAAUCUUCUCACUGGCUCCGGUCCUGCAUUUAUCCCCGCCAAUGGCAACAAAGCUCUCGACCUCGAGAGUCUGUAUUUCGGAUGUGUAGUUAACAGCGUCGAGACCGUGACCGGUGUUCCAACCGAGUGCACGGUUGCUUUCACUGCCUAUCUGGAGGGCCAGGAGGUUUCAUACGAAACGAUCAACCAACAAUUCAACCCAGAGAAUCUGCUCAGGGCGGAAAUGACCAAAGCUGUCUUCCCCAAGACUUGGUGCAAGAUGGGCAAGAUUGAGAUUGCGGUUGUGCAGGCUCUUGCGACGAGCACGCUCACGGGAUUGUUGUUGGACGACGUCAAGUACAAGGUGUACUAG